GAUCGCGCGCUCGGACGCACGCCGUGACACUCCUCGCGAAUUGUAGCGGUUUUCGCACACGACUACCUCCGCAACCAGUCUAACAUUCCCGUGAACAUCAAUGAACUUUCACUUAAAAGUGUCUCUAAAGUGAAUUUAAAUUAUUUAUAUUUAUGUGUUGUAACUGUGAAGUGAACAUAAACACUUUUUUGUGAGGAAGCAAUGUUUAUUGUGUUAUAAAAACCUGCUUAACGAGACGCCUGACUCAAGGAAAGUAUGUGGUUGCUCACACAUACGACAAAUUACCCACGUUCUACAAUCACACGUCGAGAGCUGGACCCCUGCAGAACCAAUCCUCGGUAGUCCACCGACACAGCAAUGGAAGGGAACAGAUUCUCAGUGUCCACAGUGGAGCCAGAAAGCAAGAAGAAUGGCAUCCACAUGGGCGCUAGCAUCAUAUCGCGGCCGCUGCGGAACUCUGCGGAGACGGCGGAGCGAGGAGUGGCGGUCGUGGCUCCCAACGCCCACCCAGAUACAUGGCUCCACGAUGCCGGCUGGAGGAGGAAGCGGUCCCUGGCACAGCUCACCAGGGAGGCCCUGCCGAGGAUGGAAAACUAUAGGAACUCUAAGAGGGCGCUGAAAAGGCCAAGUUUAGGAGAACUGCACGGAGACCACUUAAUCACUGAAGAGGACGAAAAAGACCAAAGAGACACUAAGUCGCCGACCCCGGCGUUCGGCAUCAAGUUAGGAUGGAUACAAGGGGUGUUAAUACCAUGUCUGCUCAACAUCUGGGGGGUGAUGCUGUUCCUGCGGAUUUCGUGGGUGGUGGCGCAGGCGGGCAUCGGGCUGUCGCUCGUCAUCAUCGCCAUCUCCGCCAUCGUGUGCGUCAUCACGACGCUCUCCAUGAGCGCCAUCUGCACAAAUGGGGAAGUCAAAGGAGGUGGCAUCUACUACAUCAUAUCCAGGUCCCUGGGCCCGGAGUUCGGGGCGUCUGUGGGCAUUAUCUUCGCGUUCGCGAACGCGGUAGCCGCUAGCAUGAACACCAUUGGGUUCUGUGACUCGCUCAACGACCUCCUCAAGAGUCUGGACGUGAGGAUCAUCGAUAACGCAGUGAACGACGUGAGGAUUGUGGGCACCGUGGCUCUCAUCGUCAUGUGCUUCAUCUGCGCGGUGGGAAUGGACUGGGAGAGCAAAGCGCAGAAUUUCUUGAUCGCUAUCAUAGUAGGAGCUAUGGUAGACUUCAUAAUCGGGACAAUUAUGGGACCAAAAGAUGCGUCAGAAAUAGCCCAUGGAUUCGUGGGAUUUAGUACUGCGGUCUUCAAGGAAAACUUCAAGCCAGAUUUUCGCUACAGCGAAAAAGUGCAUCAAGACUUCUUCAGUGUUUUCGCUAUAUUCUUCCCAUCGGUGACAGGCAUUCAAGCUGGUGCUAACAUCUCCGGGGAUCUGAAGGACCCUGCAUCAGCAAUCCCCAAAGGCACCCUGCUCUCGCUGCUGAUAUCCAUGCUGAGUUACGCGCUCAUGGUGCUGUUCUCCGGGGGCGGGGCCCUGCGCGACGCCAGCGGGAACGUGACGGAUCUGAUCAUGGUCAACGGCACCAUGGAUGUCAGCGGGCUGCGGGACUGCAACGGAACUUGCCAAUUUGGACUGCACAACAGUUAUUCAGUCAUGCAACUGAUGUCGGGCUGGGGUCCGCUGAUCUACGGUGGGUGCUGGGCGGCCACUUUAUCCACUGCCCUCACAAACCUCCUGUCCGUACCUCGCCUCAUCCAAGCCCUGGGCGUCGACCGCAUCUAUCCUGGACUCAUCUUCUUCUCAAAGCCUUACGGGCGACACGGCGAGCCCUACCGAGGAUAUGUGCUUACAUUCUUCGUGUCACUUGUUUUUCUUCUAAUCGCUGACCUGAACACCAUCGCGCCGCUGAUCUCCAACUUCUACUUGACCUCGUAUGCUCUCAUCAACUUCUGUACCUUCCAUGCGGCGCUGGUGCGCCCACUCGGGUGGAGACCUACAUUCCGGUAUUAUAACGUGUGGGUGUCGCUCGUCGGCUUCCUGAUGUGCGUGGCCAUCAUGCUGCUGAUCAGCUGGAUGAUGUCGCUCAUCACAUUCGCCAUCUUCAUCACACUUUACCUUAUCGUGCAUUAUCGUAAACCUGACGUGAACUGGGGAAGCAGUACCCAAGCGCAAAUGUACAAAACGGCUCUAUCAAGCGCCCACAACUUGGCUCGAACUGGGGAGCACGUGAAGAACUACUGGCCCCAACUCCUGGUUUUGUCCGGGGUGCCGCAGACCAGACCCGCUCUGGUGGACUUGGGCAACCUCAUCACUAAGGCUGGCUCGCUCAUGAUCGUGGGGGAUAUAUCUGAGAAAAAGUUAUCCUACAAAGAGCGAUCGCUCCGAUCACGCGCGAGUGACGAGUGGCUGCGCGAUCGCAAGGUUAAGGCGUUCUGCGGCGGCGUGCACGGGUUCAACUUCGAGCUGGGCGCGCGCGCACUUAUGCAGGCCACGGGCGUCGGCCGCCUGGCGCCCAACGUGUUGCUCAUGGGCUACAAGGCUGAUUGGGCCACUGCUCCCGCGGAGGACUUGGUGGCUUACUUCAAUGUUUUACAUGCCGCCUUCGAGAACCGCCUAGCAGUAGCGAUUGUGCGCGUAGCGGGUGGACUGGACUGCGGCGAGGCGGCCGAGGCGGCGGAACAAGGAAGCGCGGCCGGCGGGCUCACCGCUACGUCAGCUGGUAGCGGCGACCUGCGGAUACGUCGCGGGCCUUCCAACAUCAUGCACGCUGAUUCAGACCUGGAUAUACGGUCGUCGGACUCGCAGCCAUCUAGCCGGCACAAUUUGACAAAUCUGUUGACGUUGACGACUUCGCGGUCGUUCACAAUAUCGGAGAAGGAAACGAAGGAACGAAAGAAAGACAAGAAACCGUCGGACAUACAUCGCCAGAUUGUGUACAAGGCCUCCAACGGAGUUGAGAUAUCGAAGGCACAGCUCUCGCAGAUGACUCUAUUCCAGAGAAAACAGGAGCCAGGGUCGAUAGACGUGUGGUGGCUGUACGACGACGGCGGGCUGACGAUCCUGCUGCCGUAUAUUAUUUCCCAGCGCUCGGCGUGGGCGCACUGCAAGCUGCGCGUCUUCGCGCUCGCCAACCGCCGCCACGAGAUGGAGCUGGAGGAGAGGAACAUGGCGAACCUGCUCUCCAAGUUCCGCAUCGACUACUCGUCGCUGACGAUGGUGCAGGACAUCACGGAGGCGCCGCAGGACGACACCAAGAAGAUGUUCGACGAGCUCGUCAGCAAGUACACCUCCGACACCGCCAGUGAAGAGUGCCGCAUCAGCGAGACGGAGCUGCUGACAUUAGCGGAGAAGACAAACCGCCAGUUGCGUCUACGCGAGCUGUUAAUAGCCAACUCCAGCGAGGCGCGCCUCGUCGUCAUGUCGCUGCCAAUGCCGAGAAAGGGCUCGGUGUCGGCGCCGCUGUACAUGGCGUGGCUGGAGAUGAUGAGCCGCGACCUGCCGCCCAUGCUCUUCGUCAGAGGGAACCACACCUCCGUGCUUACCUUCUACUCUUAGAUCAAUCUACACAGCGGGGUUACUCCAAAGUUAUCCGAUCUUUCGAAUUUGCCGUCGCUCUCACGCAAAGAGAUAUGCCAGCAUGAGGGACAGUGACAGAUGGACCCGAAACUACGUUACGGAGUAGCCCUACCUACAGGUCACUAGGAUAGGUGCUAGUGUACAGUCGACAACACAUCAGAUCAACAUUUGUUGCAACAUCGCACCGUUACUUAUAAGAUGCCGCCAUAUUUAAUUUGAUGUGCCGCCAUCUGUAGUUUAAUUUAUACUUGAACUUGGCUUGACACGCUACCACGUGUCUAGAUAAAAACAGGUACUUACUUGCCGAUUAUUUUCUUUUCUAUGAGCAAUGUUAUCGAUGUGAUUAAAUGGACUUUAAAAUGA